CCUCAGCUAGACGAAAACCCAACACCAUACCAAAACCAAAGCCAAGUCACCUAAAUAAAAACAUCAAAAUGAAACACCUCUUCCUCACAUUAGCAACCAUCACCACCCUCCUCCUCCUCCUCUCCACUCCACCAACCACCACCGCAGCCAAUGCCGCCGAUAACAUCGUUUACGACGUAAUAGGGGAGCCACUACAGGCUGGCCAGGCCUACUACAUGGUGCCAUAUGACUACUCAGACGUAGGGGGUGGUGGCCUUACAUGGCUACAAAAAACAAAGGUAACUUGUGCUCCUUAUUACGUGUCUCAAGAAAAUGUCAACACAAACUUCGGCCAAAAAAUAGCUUUCUACCCUCAAACUCCUGGACAAACUGAUAUCACUCUGUCCUCCAUCCUUAAUAUUGUGUUCAGCAGUUUUACACCACCUAUUAACUGCCCCGGAACGUCGAAUGUCUGGAGCGUGGCUGCUGAUCCAGCCACCCGCCUCAACUUCAUCGAGCUCCGAGGCAGCAGGGGAACAAGGGACUUAAGAACUUGGUUCACCAUUGAAGAUGUUGACCAAGGUGGUUACAAGAUAAGCUACUGUCCUAGAAAUAGGAGGGUUGAUUGUGGAAGUCUUGGCAUUGUUUCUCGUGAUUUUGGACGUUGGUUGGGUGUCAAUGGUACAAACCCACUUACGUUUGUGUUUGAGAGUGAGGAGUUUUUCCUCAACAAAGCAUUGGGUACUAAAAGCUAUGCAGCAUGAGUGAUAUCCUUACUUGCUUGAUUACCAAUGUAACGUUUAAGGGAAUUUGUAGCAUUAAAAAUCAUGUUUUCAACGUUAUGUUUUAGCCACCCAUUUUUAGUAGAUGGGUACAAUAAAUUAUGUAGUUUGACCUCAUGUUCACUUGGAAAUAAAGCUUUUUCUGUUAA